AUUUGAAAAGAAACAAAACUGAUUUGUUAAAUAAUCAGGCAAUCCCAUCGAACCUUCAACGCUUCUAACUACUAUUCCUUAUCGCUAACGCUAGUAUCAUUAUUAUAUUAUCUGCUUAUCGCUGCAAGCUGCACAACAUCGACGUUGCAAACUCGGCUUUUGAAGUAAAAUCAUAUCGCAAGUCUUGAUAUAAUUGGAUAGACCUGUGUUUUGCUACCUUGAAAUAUAGAAUUCAAUCGUAUAAUUGGCUGAUUCCAAAGUCCAGCUAACUCUACCGCUCAUUAAGAAGUGAUUUCUAGUUCAAAUCAUUUUUCACACAUUUCUCAGUUCCACACUUUCUCCAUGACAAACCUGACUUCUCCAGCAGUCCAAGCGGUACAAUCUCCGCAAUUCCAGUCGUACUUGAAUAACGACGGUAUCGAUGAAUUGACGCCUAUCUCCAGAAAGCACAGGGUUUCGAAUCUCUCCUUGUCGGACUUGAACCAGUGGCAGAAUGGCUUGACCAAGUUGUCUUCUUCCACUUCUUUGUCCAACAAGAGCUCGCUGAGCAACUUGAAGAAGGUGGAUUCGUUAGCAAAGUUGCUGAGAAAUUCGUCCAUUAUCAGGAGAAAGAAGAAAACUGUCAUUGACCAUCCUAGAGUUGCAUCGUAUGCCUUUUGUUUCGAUAUAGAUGGUGUCAUCUUGAGAGGACCAGAUACGAUUCCCGAAGCUUCUAAAGCUUUAAAGAUGUUGGGUGGCGAAAACAAGUACAACAUUACUGUUCCUUCCAUUUUCGUCACCAACGGAGGUGGUAAGCCAGAAUCGGCCCGUGCCACGGAUUUGUCCAAGAGAUUGGGUGUCAACAUUACUCCAGAGCAAAUCAUCCAAGGACACACCCCUAUGAAGGAUUUGGUGAAUGUCUAUAGUUCGGUGCUUGUUGUGGGAGGUGUAGGAAAUGUCUGUAGAAACGUGGCCGAAUCUUACGGUUUCAAGAAUGUCUACACUCCGUUGGAUAUCUUGAAAUGGAACCCUGCUGUGACUCCGUACCAUGACUUGACCGAGGAAGAAAAGGUAGCUGCUAGAGCAGUUGAUUUCUCAAAGAUUUCCAUUGAAGCUAUUCUCGUUUUUGCAGACUCCAGAAACUGGGCUGCUGACCAACAAAUCAUAUUAGAAUUGCUCUUGAGUAAGAACGGUGUGAUGGGCACAGAAUGUACCACAUACGAUGAAGGUCCAUCCAUUUACUUUGCUCAUUCAGAUUUUAUCUGGGCCACCAACUACAAGUUGUCCAGAUACGGUAUGGGUGCACUUCAGGUGUCCAUUGCUGCGUUGUACAGAGAACACACAGGCCACGAGUUGAAGGUGAACAGAUUUGGUAAGCCUCAAAAAGGAACCUUUAAAUUCGCCAACAAGGUAUUGGCCCACUGGCGUCAGGGUGUAUUGGAUGACCACUUGAAGAAGUUGUCUAUUGAUGAUCCAAACUCGCACGAAGCUGAUAUCUUGAUCAACGAACAGGGCGAAGAAAUUAUUAACCAGGCGAAGUUGGAAUCGUACAACUACGAUUCAGACGAAGAUAGUUCCGAAGGCGAAUUCAAAGAGCCUUUAGCUGUAGUUGGAAAGGAAGACAAGAUCACUUUAGAAUUGCCUCCGGCAUCAACGGUGUAUUUCGUUGGUGACACUCCUGAGUCUGAUAUCAGAUUUGCCAACUCGCACGAUUCGUCGUGGCACUCUAUCCUUGUUAAGACCGGUGUCUACAAGGAUGGAACCGUACCCAAGUAUACCCCAAAAUAUCUCUGUGAGAACGUUUUGGAAGCAGUGAAAUAUGCUAUUGAGAGAGAACACGAGAAGGAGUUAUUAGAAUGGAAUGAAACUGCUGUAGAAGACGAUGACGACAAGAGCAUCAGAAUCAACUUCUCUGAUUUAAUGAUGACUCCUUCUUCUACAGUAGAAAAGGAAAAGACUCCAGUACCAGCAAUUGUCAAAAGACCUCACCCUGUCGUUGUUGCUCAAGAUCUCGAAGAACUCGAAGUUCCACUGUUGUUAAGUCAAGAAAUCGAGAAGGUCAAGGACGUCAAAGUUACCAAGUAGUCUUCUCUUUUCUUCAUUAGCGAGUUAACAUAAUUAUUAUUCCAAGUGAACAAUAUAUAUUCUUUAAUUUAAAUCUCUCAU